CUGACCACAACUUCCACAGAGGUCCAGAGGAGACAGAAGACAGAACACUCCCUACACUUAAAAAUCCUUUCUUAAGAACGGAAGAAAAUGACCAAGGCCCAGGGAUCAUUCUCAUUUGAGGAUGUGGCUGUGGGCUUCACCUGGGAGGAGUGGCAGUUACUGGACCCGUCUCAGAAGGACUUGUACAAGGAUGUGAUGUUGGAGAACUACAACAACCUGGUAUCAGUAGGAUACCAAGGUACCAAACCAGAUUCAGUCUUCAAGUUGGAGCAAGGAGAAACACCAUGGAUAGUGGAGGGAGCAAUCUACAGUUGGACCAGUCCAGAAGAAAUAUGGCUGAGUGACCAUAUGCAGCAGCACCCAGAAAACCAAAAUGAGCUUAAAAGUUUGGAAAGAUGUCUGCAAAGUUUUGCACUUGGAGAUAACUGUGUUUUAAGGAAAAAUCUUGCUUCUUUAACACAAAGACACAAUACAUUUAACUCACAUUGUAGAAGUUUGCAGUCUCAUUUAGAUUUUGUUAUCCAGAACAGAAGAGAUGCAGGAAAGAAUUCUGAUGAGUUUAGUGGCUAUGGGAAAUCAUCUGUCCACAUGAAGCAUGACAAAACUUUUCCUGGAAUUAAAUAUCGUGGAUGUAUUAAACCCAAACUUAAAUCACAGCUCAAUGACCAUCCAAAAACUUAUACAGAAGAGCAACCACAUAAAUGCAGCGAGUGUGGGAAAGUCUUUUCCAAAAGGCCACUGCUCUUGUACCAUCAGAGAAUUCAUACAGGGGAGAAACCUUAUGUAUGCAGUGAAUGUGGAAAAGCUUUUACUUGGGAGAGCCGGCUCAAAAGACAUCAGCGAUCUCAUAUUGGAGAGAAACUCUAUGGAUGCAAUGAGUGUGGAAAAUCAUUUUCUCAGAAGGCAUACCUCAUUGUACAUCAGAGACUUCACACAGGAGAGAAGCCUCAUGAGUGCGGUGAAUGUAGAAGAACCUUUGCUUUUAAGUCAGCCCUGACCAAACAUCAAAGAAUUCACACAGGAGAGAGACCUUAUGAAUGUAGUGAGUGUGAAAAAGCCUACAGAUGCAAGUCUGAGCUCAUUCAACAUCGGCGAACUCAUAACAGAGAGAGACCGUAUGAAUGCAGUGAAUGUAAAAGAACCUUCCUGUUUGAGGCAGCCUUGACCAAUCAUCAAAGAAUUCAUACAGGAGAGAGACCAUACGAAUGCAGUGAGUGUGAAAAAGCCUUCAGAAGCAAGUAUAAACUCAUGCAACAUAAGCAAACUCAUACCAGAGGGAGACCGUAUGGAUGCAGUGAAUGUGGCAAAUCUUUUACCCACAUGUCAUUCCUCAUUAAACAUAAGAAAACUCAUACAAAAGAGAAAGUGAUAAAUUCACUGAAGGUGGGAAACCCUUCCUCAGGGAGUCACAGCACUUUCUACAAGAGUGAACUCAUACAGAAAUUAAACCCCAUGAAUACCAUGCCCAUGGAAAUGCCUUAUUCAGAAACUUGGCUGUAAAUCUCAGUGAGUUUGUAGGGUGUAGAAAUAUUGUGAUUAUGGAAUAUCCUUUUGAAGAAGUCAGGCUUCAGUAAAUAAUCAGGAAUUUUCACAGGGAGUAACCCUUGCAAAUGUGAAUAUGACAACACCUUCUAUAAUAAAUAUAUC